UUCUGAAAGACUAACACGGCAUAAACCUAAAAUCUUGUAUCGGAAUGGCGGGUGAAACGUCGUCGUCGGCCUCCGCCGUGGCAGUGUCGGCGCUGACGGAGGAGGAGCUGACGCUGAACGUGAAGUGGAGCGGGAAGGAAUACACUGUCAGAGUGUGUGGCGACGACACGGUGGGGGAACUCAAGCGGCGGAUAUGCGAGGUUACGAAGGUGCUCCCCAAAAGGCAGAAACUUCUCUACCCUAAAGUCGGCUCCAAACUCGCUGACGAUUCUCAGCUUCUCUCUCAGAUUCCAUUGAAAUCGUCUCUCAAGAUGACCAUGAUUGGUACAGUUGAAGAUGAUAUAAUUGUGGAUCCUAUGGAGUCCCCAGAGAUUGUGGAUGAUUUUGAAAUCGGGCAGGAUGAAGUCGUGGACAUCAAAGACAAAGAUAUGAAUAAGCAGAAACUAAACCGUCGUAUUAAGCAGUACAAAAUUGAACUUCGAAAUCCUUGUCGUCAAGGCAAAAAAUUGCUUGUUCUGGAUAUAGAUUAUACGCUCUUUGACCAUCGGUCUACGGCAGAGAAUCCCUUAGAACUCAUGCGCCCCUAUCUGCAUGAGUUUCUCGCGGCUGCCUAUACUGAGUACGAUAUCAUGAUUUGGUCUGCAACCAGCAUGAAGUGGGUUGAACUAAAGAUGGGGCAGCUUGGGGUACUAGAUCAUCCUGACUACAAAAUUACUGCUCUUCUUGACCAUAUGGCCAUGAUCACAGUUCAGUCAGAUUCUCGUGGUGUGUUUGAUUGCAAACCACUUGGCUUGAUUUGGGCACAUUUUCCCGAGUUCUACAGUGCCAAGAACACCAUAAUGUUUGAUGAUCUGCGGAGGAAUUUUGUGAUGAAUCCCCAAAAUGGCUUGACUAUAAAACCGUUCAAAAGAUGCCAUGCAAAUCGGGAGAGUGAUCAAGAACUUGUGAAGCUGACCAAAUAUUUGCUAGCUAUCGCAAGGCUUGACGAUAUCAGCACUCUUGAUCACAAGAACUGGGAGUCAUUUGCCAAUGUGAAGAGGCGACGGCAUGAUUAGAAUACCCAUGAUACUUUGUGUGUCUUCCAAUUGCCAGGCUAUUUUAUUUUGGUAGUACCUUAUAUGUCUAUUUCUCUAUAUCAUGUGCUCGUAACUUGAACAGAGGGUGGGGAUGAUGGGUGUUUAGCAGCUCCAAAGUUGAUAGAAAGAUUAACAAAGAUUUCAAUUAAUGAAAACACAUGGAUUCUUGCCCUUCUUGGUAAGACGAUGUCUUAUGAAGAUCAUGGUUCUUUCAGUGUUA